AUGGCCCGUAAAAGAGGAGAGAAUGAGGGAAAUGGUGGGAGAAAGAAGUCUGGGCAGUCUCCGAAAGCCAAAAGGAUGAGGAUGAGGAGGUCCUCCAAGUCCCGGAGGGCCGGACUGGUUUUUCCGGUCAGGAACAUUCAUCUGAGGCUGAAGAGGAGCACCGGCGCCGCCGUUGGCUCUAUUGCACCGGUUUGGGUGGCCGGUGUGAUGGAGUCUAUGGCCAGACGCGUGUUAACCCGGGCUGGGGAUGCUACCAAACUUGAUCGCCGCCCUUUAAUCAACACCGGCGACAUCAUGUACGCCUUUGAAACCGACGAAGACCUUGAGCGCCUUUUCCAAGACAUCGACAUCCCUCCAAUGCAUGGACCAGAGGCUAUUUAUGAGUUUCAGGCCUGGGAGAACUCCGACGAGGAAGAGGAUGAGAGUGACGAUGAGGAAGAAGAGGAGGAGGAUGAAGAUGAGGAUGAAGACGAUGGGAACUCUGGCGAAGAUAACGGUCCAAGCAACGGAAACGGCGGUGGUAGGUCCGGAGGAGGUAACGGCGGUGCGGCCGGAGAUCAGAUGCCGAAGGAACUCCCUCAUUGGGGUGUUCGGAAGGGAAGGUCCAGUGGCGGUGUCGGCGGGAAUGUUAUCCAGCCAACGGCGGUCUACGCAGCUUUCGGAAAACUCUCUCUCACCGCCGUCGUUAAUUAA